UAUCACAUAACAGAUAGCAGUUUAAAACAACUUUUUUUUGCCGUAAAAGUGCGUCAGGAUAGUAUGAAAUUUACUGAAUGGGAAAUUCUCCAUUCGGCGUUUCGUGAAUCAGUUAGUCCGCAUUUGAAUACCGUACAUGACCAUUUGCUGUUGAUAUAGUGGGGCGAAGCUUCAUUUUGGAUUAAUUAUGAAUAAUUCUGUAACGACUGGUGUCCCCUGCACGACCAAAUCUGGGGAGGUGCAGCUGUUGGAGACGAUCUACUGGAUUGCCCUGAAUUACUUAUACUACGUCGCCACCGUUAUAGGCCUUCCGGGGAAUAUUAUGUCAUUCCUGAUUACCAUGCGUAGUGACAACAGGAGGAUAUCAACAUCCGUAUACAUGGCGGCACUGGCAGUGGUGGACACCAUGACUUUCUUGACGGGCGAUACCAUUGCCGUUGUCUUCGAGUCUGAUCCGGUGAGGAAUUUUCUUGGUGGCAACAUCGGAAAGUUUUUGGAGGUUAUUUGGUACCUGGAGUACUCGUUUGCCAUUUCAUCCGGGUUCUUUCUUAUGGAGAUGUCGGUGGAUCGUCUGAUUGUUGUCAGAUUCCCAAUGGCGGCAGGACGAAUCUGCACAACGGCAAGAGCCAAGGUCACAGUGUUCAUGACCCUCGUGCUAAUUUUUGGUCUCAACUCUAACGUUCUCUUUGUAUAUAAAUACAACUUUGAUGAAAGCACUGGUGUUGAAUCAGUCCAGCCGGAUGUAAAGGGCAAUCCAGCCCUGGAGAUGUUUGGCUCAAUGUUCCAGCUGUUCUUCGGGACUCUCAUACCAUUUGCAGUCAUCAUGUUUAUGAAUAUCUGGAUCAUAAUCACAGUCAAACGAGCAUCACACAAACACAAACAGAUGACUGGUUCAUCUGCUCCCAGCGACGCAAAACGGAAACAGGAAACAAGUCAUCUAACACGCAUGCUCAUACUAGUCAGCAGCGCAUACGUCGUUUGCUCCAUCCCGCUGCGCCUGUACGAGAUGCUGUUUGAUCUCCCGGCUCUAAAGGAAAUUUGGGAUUUUGGCCAGGUUGUCUGGUUCAUGCGUUAUAAGGUUGGGUACAUUAUCCUAGCUGAUAUAUGGAUUCUUAAUUUUGGUGUAAACUUUUAUCUUUAUUGUAUUGGUGGAAAAAAGUUCCGAAAUGAUGCGGUCAACAUCUUGAAAGUCUGCUUCAUGUGCAAAGAAAAAAAGCAUGAUGAUAUUUCAGCAUGUACGCAAUCGGUCAAAAGGAACACUUGAAAUGUCCAGGUUCAUGUAUUUCCUUUCCUAGUCACUCGAUCGUGCGUCUGAGAACACAGCGCUUUCUUGAUUCAAAGACGCAAAUAAAGAUCUAUUUGAAUGUGUAUUUGGAUUUGGGGAUCUUAGGGAUCUUGUGGAACACGAUGAAGUAUAAUGCAACAAAAACGGAUCUGAAACAAUUUUUCUGUUGAUGAGUUUGUAGCGUAUAACUUCACACUUGAGUCGUUUGAGCACGAUCGAUCCACAAAUCAGGGCUCACUCUACAUAUACAGUCUUUCCAAGUGUCUGGUGAGAUUCUGAUUAAUCAUCUCAAACCAGAAUCUUACCAGAAUCUUGAAAGGAUUGCAGAUGUUCAUGAAACUGAAUAAGAACAUAAUAUAAUAAUCUUGUCGGAAAUUUCGACCUGGAAACCAUCCGUAAAGCACUGAUGGCUUUAAAAUACAUUGUAUACAUUAGUGUUACCUCAGUCA